AUGGUGGAUCGUUUACCUCCUCGUGCUUCGAGCGCGGCUGCAGGGCUCGUGACGCUGCUCAGGCUGCACAGCACAUCCGCAGCACGACCAAGCCCCAGUCGGCACUUUGCAUCCGUCACCUCGCAAGCCAGCUUCCAAGGUACCAGCACCGCACCGAGCGCUUGUGCAUCCUCGGCCAACAUCUAUGGCCGCUCGGAGAUAGCCGUUGGCGCUGCCCGCUCCUUUGCAUCGUCGUCGAGUGCAGGCGUGAGUGCGCACCGCAAGCAAGCCGGCCGCGAGAAGGCGCGGUCGCGAGCGAUGCGCCAGGAAGAAAGGGUGCUGCGUCAGCGCGAGAAGGAGGGCUACAACGCUGCCCGCUCGAUUCCACGCCGACCACGUGAUCCAGUCGAGGAGGAUGUCGAGGCGAGCAUCCGCGAGUACAUGGCUCGCACCGGCCCGCGCGGCGAGCGCCUCACGCUCGCGCAGCAAGAACGCCUGCUCAAGCAGGAACUCAAAGGACUCGGACACGACCUUGAACGGCUCGAGAAGAAGGAGGCUGCAGACAAGGCCACACAGGACCUGCCGGAGCUCGACGAUCAGACGCUCGAUGAGCUCUACCAGGCACUCAUGCUCCCACCCCCACCAACGCCCGAGGAGGCCCGACUCGCACGACUCGAGGGCGGCCGCAGAGAGAGGGGUCUCUUGGACCGCAUAGAAGACGGCAGAGGUCGAAAGAGCUUGGAGAGGCUCGCAGGUCUGGCGCUUCCACCCUCGACUGUUGAGGUCAAGAGGGAAAGGACGGCCAGGGACCUCAAGCAAAAGCUCAUCCACGCUCGCGAACGAGCAAAGAUCCUCCUGCCUCCGUCCAAGGCGUCGACACAAGAAGCGACAAUCACGCCCCUGCAAGCCGAGACAACAAGAGAAGAAGCAGUGGAAGAGACUGUCGACGUGGAUUUUGCAGCACUGCCGUUCGAAGAGCGCCAAGAAGUCCGAUUGCAGCAGCUCUUUGCGCGACUGGCGCUCGUACAGGAUGGUGCCGAUGCCGCAGGCGACGCCUCGGGGUCCGAGUCGCUCGCAGCUAUCAAGUCGGGCCUCGCCGGUCGCAUCGCAAGGAUCUUGAAACAGCACGAGUACGAGCUUCAUCCAUCGACACAAAGUGCGCGGCAGCAAGAUGGCGACCUCAAGCACGACAGCGAGAUGGCGGAACAGGCCGAAACGCACUCGCCCGAGUUCGAGAGCGUGCGUCUCGACCGACGCGCACCCAGCCUUGCGACAGGCGAGGCAGGAUCUGGACCGAGCGAGACGAUAGCGACGCUCGGAGAAAAGAGCGAUGUGAUCGCUAGAGCUGAUGCCAUGAUCAAGGAUCUUGGGUCUGCCGAGUCGCGCGCCUUCAUGCUGGAUGGAAUCGAGCGCCUCGUGCGUUCGGCCAAGAAUGCCACUUCGUCCGAGCUUGCGUCUUCGGGCUCGCAGGCCUCACAUCUGCCAUUGGGCGUGGCGACGACGGAAGAGUGGGUGGCGAUUGCCGUCUCUUCCGCUCGUGCAGAGGAUGGCGCCUCACUGCAACGCACGCUGUCGCUGAUGGAAUCAGCGAGACAUCCGGCGUCGCUCGAGCUGUACAACAACGUGCUCGAUGUCUACGCAUCCAAGGGCCGCGUGGCAGAGUGCCAAGAAUGGUUGCAGCGCAUGACGGAAGCCGGGCUGACUCCUGACGACCACACGUACCACAGCCUCACCAAGGCGUACGUCACAAGUGCGCAGUUCCUGCCUGCAUUGGAACUGCUCAACUCGCUCGAGCAGUCGGGGCAUCCUGCGGCCAUGGCGACGUACACGCUCGUCAUCGACCGUCUGCUGGACCCCGUCGCCAUUCCUCGCUCCGGAUCGGCAGGAGUGUCCACGGAAGAGCGACCGGAGCUGCAAGCGCUUGCAUGGAACGUGUUCUACCACAUGCGGCUGCAUGCGCAUCCUGUGCCCGAUGCGCCUUUGUAUGCGCUCAUGAUCCGCGCAUGCGCGCGCGGUAUUGCGCAGCCACACGAGAUCGACGACCCGACCAAGGCCUACACGGCCCUCUCUUCCGAUGCCAGUGGGCGCAGACACGCACCACGCAUCAGCGACGCCGAGCGCGCGCUCGACCUCUUCCGCGAGAUGACGACGCGCUACAACGUGCGUCCGAACGCCGAGGUGUACAACAGCCUCAUCCUCGCGUGUGCACGCCGCAAGGACUUUUAUCUCGACACCUUCCGGCUGCUGCGCGAGAUGGUUGAGCUCGAAACGGAGCGCGCGCACGCCGCGGACGCCGAGCCGAGCGGCAUGCUCAGAUUCGCCCCAGACACGUACACGUUCAAUGCGCUGCUGCAGGGAUGUGCGAGGAACCGCGAUCUGGCGAGAGCCAGAUGGGUGCUGGCGGAGAUGAUUCGCACCACCAUGCCGCUGUUCGAUCCAGAGGUGAGGGGCGCGUUGAGCAGGCAGGAUGUGGUCGAGUUGCUCGCCAAGCGACCGAACCACGAGACCAUGUGUCACAUCUUCCACACGUACGCUUCGUACGAGCCUCCCCUCAAGCGCGAUCACAUGCAGAUAAGCCGUAAGACCGAACGUUCGACUCGGGAGGCUCACAGCUCGGACACGCAGGCGACACCAUCGCCCGUAGAAUCGAUCAAGGAGCCGGCGGCUCCGACCGCGUCGACGGAAGUGGAGCCGAGCAGCGAAGAGACAACGCCGGAAGAAGCCGCGUCGAUCUUCAGCGCGCUUGUGCCGCAGACUGCGUCGGACCUGGUUUCGGAGGCGCGCUCGCUGUUUGCGCGCAUCUUGGCGGAUCAGGCGCAGCCGAGUGGCGAUGGAGCAGGGCUUAUGGAGGGUCCGUUGGGUGGGGUGGAGCCAGGAGUGCGUGUGGUCAAUGCGUACCUGACCGUGUUGGCGGCGCACUUGCCCGUGGGCGUGCGCGCGCGCGUUCUGCACUCGGUGUUCGCCGCCGUUCCCGAGCACGACGAACCGACGCUGGAGCACGGUCUGUUUGCACGGUUGGGCGUAGAGCCCAACGAGCAUUCCUUCCGCAUCGUCCUCGAGGCGCUCAGCGAGCUACCUCCCGACCCAGCUACGGGUGCAGACAUGGUGCAGGACAUCUGGUCGCGCUUCGAACGUCUCUUCCCUCACCCCGAUCGAGUCUCAAGCGACCUCGUCAAGCUUCCUGCCGCCAAGGGCGAGGGUGUAGAUUGGACCCAGGUGAGGAAAGCCUGGAGUGCGUACAUCCACUUUUGGGCCAAAAACAUCAGCCUAGCAAGUGGAGACACCAAAGAGGCCCAGCCAGGGCUCGACUAUGCUAUGGUGCUGCUUCGUAGGUAUGCUGCGCUGUAUCCACCGCGUGUACAGGGGAAGAAGAAACGCAGACGCCCUCUACAACCCCCACCCGGUACCAAGGUCGACUUGUCCCCCCUCCCGGUGCCUGUAAAGUCGCUUCACUCGCUCCACUUCCUCGCCAACCCUACCCCACUCGAGGAGCAGCCAGCAGCACCCAACCCCGGCCUCGGGUUUUUGGAUGUGCAGCUACUGCAUCACCGCCUCGUGCGAUACUCGCGCACGCGCGACCUCGCCUACCUCGCCUGGAUCCUCCACCGAUACGCCGCCUCGCGUUAG